AGGACGUGUGGUAUCCUUACGACAUGGAACUAACAUUAAGAUAAAGACUUGUGAUUCCGUAAAUACUGUACUGUAAACCUGUGAUUCCGUAAAUACUGUGUUGUGUUAGUUCUAGUGGUUUCAUGUUCUUAUUUAGUCAUUUCUGUACUAUUGUUCUAGAAGGUUCUUUCUAGUAUUGUUUUUGUAUAAAUAGCCUGUGUAUUUUGUAUGUAUCAGAGUUCUGAUUUAAUGAAUUAUUGAAGUUAUCUCACUGGCGACGAGGAUUGUGGAUCAAGUAGCCUACAGCAAUGGCAGCCACACACUAUGGAACUCUCAACAAUUACAGACCAGACCAAGAGUCUAUCAAGACCUACCUGGAUCAGGUAGACCUCUACUUCACGGCGAAUACAGUCCCUGAUGAUAAGCAAGUACCUAUUCUCCUCAGCUCCAUUGGUGCAAUGACCUACAGUCUUCUAUGUGACUUGCUUGCACCUGAGGCUCCCAAAUCGAAGACAAAGGGAGAAAUAUUUGCUGCACUACGGAAGCACUACGAACCGACACGAGCGGUGAUCGCAGAACGUUUUCAUUUUCAAAAAAGGGAUCAAGUCCCUGACGAAUCUUUAGCAGAAUACGAUGCAGCUCUACGCAAGCUGGCAACACACUGCAAUUUUGGGGCGUAUCUCACUGAAGCCCUACGUGACCGUUUCGUUGCAGGACUCCGAAGCGAAGCAAUGCAAAGAAGACUAUUAGCCGAAACAGAACUUACUUUGAAGAGAGCAAUGGAAAUCGCACAGGGAAUGGAAGCAGCAGAAAGCAACACCAGAGCACUCAAGGCCAGCAACCCCUCCAUCAAGAGCAUACAAAGCAAAAGGAGACCGCAGCCAAACCAACCUUGUUACCGCUGUGGAAAGUCGAAUCACUCUGCAGCUGAUUGCCGUUUCAAGGAUGCAGAGUGUCAUUCAUGUGGAAAGCAGGGACACAUAGCACCAGCCUGCCGCUCCAACCCACCCUCUCAGUUCAAGAAGACAGAGAAGAGACGAUUCAAAACUCACCUAGUGGAACCAGAUGGGAACAGCUUGACCGACUCAGAAGCUGACACUUACCACCUAUACCGAUUGACCGAGCCUUCUACACAGCCGAUCACAGUUACAGUCAAGAUCGAGGAUACUCCACUCAAGAUGGAAAUCGAUACCGGAGCUGCAAUAUCUAUUAUCUCUGAGGCCACCAGAAAGGCCAAGUUCUCUAAAUUCAAGCUGCGUGGCUCGGCUGGUGCUGGUGGUGGUUGCUGGAAGUGGACCAAGUCUUUUUGGACGCAAUUGGCUGAAGUACCUCCAGUUGGACUGGAAAUGUAUUGCAACUGUCAAAUCUCCCCCUGCAGGUACACUAAAGAAUUUGUUACACGAAUACGAUUCAUUGUUCAAGGACGAGUUAGGUACUGUGACCUCACACAAAGCCACUCUCAGAGUACGGCCAGAUGCUACUCCUCGGUUUUUCAAACCACGUCCUGUUCCUUAUGCAACCAAAGAGGCUAUUGGAGAUGAAUUGGACCGCAUGGAGCAACAAGGUAUCAUCCAGAAAAUACCUAGCAGUGACUGGGCAGCACCGUUGGUCGCAGUUCCCAAGAAAGACGGACGUUUUCGACUCUGCGGCGACUAUAAAGUGACUAUCAACCAAGACCUUGAAGUUGAUCAGUACCCCUUGCCUAAACCCGAAGACCUAUUCGCAACACUAGCAAAUGGCUCCCUUUUCACUAAGCUUGAUUUGUCACAAGCGUAUCUACAGGUCGAACUCGAUAAGGACUCUACCAAAUACGUGACUAUCAACACCCAUCAAGGGUUAUACCAGUUCAGCUGACUUCCUUUUGGCGUGGCGUCAGCCCCAGCAAUAUUCCAAAGACUGAUGGACACCAUCCUACGUGGAGUGCCUCACGUUAUCUGCUACUUAGACGAUCUGUUGAUAACAGGAGUGGAUGAAGAAGACCACCUACACAAUCUGGAGCAAGUCCUCAAACUUUUUACGGAACACGGGUUGCGAUUGAAGAAGGAAAAUGUAUCUUUUUGGCCAAGUCGGUAGAAUAUCUUGGUCAUCAGAUCAGCAAAGAGGGAAUCCAAGCUCUUCCAAGUAAAGUUGAUGCUAUUGCACAGGCUCCAGAACCAAAGAAUGUUCAAGAACUUCCCUCGGGUUGCUGAACUACUACGGAAAGUUCAUCAAGAAUCUCUCUAGCAUCCUUUACCCAAUCAACCAACUUCUGCAAGCGAGUCAUAAGUGGGAAUGGACACAGGAAUGUCAGGAAGCUUUUACAGAAGCAAAGAAACAACUUACAUCAUCUGAUGUGCUCACCCACUAUGACCCGGACCUACCAAUCAACAUGGCUGCGGACGCGUCAGCCUACGGCAUUGGAGCCGUUAUUUCUCAUGUACUACCAGACGGGGCUGAGAGACCAAUCUGUUUUGCUUCACGCACGCUAACGACAAGCGAACAAAACUAUGCUCAACUCGAGAAAGAAGCACUGGCAUUGGUAUUUGGUACCAAGAAGUUUCACCAGUAUUUGUAUGGCAGGAAAUUCACGUUAAUCACUGAUCACAAACCUCUGACAGCUAUAUUUGGCCCAAAGAAAGGAAUACCGUCCCUAGCAGCUGCUCGUCUCCAACGUUGGGCAAUUUUUCUCUCAGGUUAUGAUUACAAUAUCCAAUUCAAGCCCACUCAAGCACACAGCAAUGCUGAUGCAUUAUCACGUCUCCCCUUGCCAGUACAAGAUUCGUACGAAACGGCUGACAUUAAUGCUAUUCACACUUUCAAUGUGGCUCAAAUCGAAGCUCUUCCUGUAACAUCUCAGCAGGUGCAGACGGCUACCCGACGUGACCCAACCUUAAGCAAGGUGUUAAAGUAUGUCAAAUCAGGAUGGCCACAGAAAGUGACACCGGAUCUACAACCAUAUUUCAACCGCCGUCUUGAAAUUGGCAUCGAAAGUGGUUGCUUGAUGUGGGGAAUUCGCACAAUCAUUCCACAGAACCUGCAUGCAAAGACCCUUCGUGCUCUCCAUGAGAACCACCCUGGAAUGUCCCGAAUGAAGGCUAUUGCCCGCAGUUACGUGUGGUGGAGUGGACUCGAUAAAGACAUCGAAAACCAAGCAAAAGCGUGCCUAUCGUGCCAGGAACAAGCCUCUAAACCUGCAUUAGCACCACUCCAUCCUUGGGUUUGGCCAAACAGCCCAUGGAAAAGGAUCCAUAUUGACUACGCUGGUCCAUUCUUGAACAAAAUGUUUCUAGUGGUUGUAGACGCCCAUUCCAAGUGGCCAGAAGUGAUUCAGAUGUCUUCCACUACGUCUCAAAACACGAUCGAGGCACUGCAAGCACUAUUUGCUCGGUAUGGACUACCAGAACAGAUUGUUUCCGACAAUGGUGCACAAUUCACAUCCCAAGAAUUUAGCGAUUUUGUUCAAGCCAAUGGCAUAAGACACAUACGAAGUGCUCCAUACCAUCCCUCCACGAACGGCCAAGCUGAACGAUUUGUACAAACGUUCAAAAGAGCCAUGAAAGCUGGAGAGAGAGAAGGACUGAGUUUGAAAACAAGAUUGGCUCAGUUUUUACUGUCAUACCGCUCAACUCCACAUGCUACCACUAACGUCUCACCGAGUGAACUGUUCCUUCAAAGAAAAGUACGUACACGAUUCGAUCUCCUCAAACCAAACACAGAGGGAAACGUAUCUGACAAGCAGAUGAAACAGAAACAGCAACAUGACAAACAUGCUAAACCAAGGACGUUCUCUGUUGGUCAACAAGUAAUGCUCAAAGAUUUCGGUACAUGGCUUCCAGGAAGCAUUGUACAACAGACAGGACCAGUAUCUUACAAAGUGGAAAUUGAUGAUGGCAGGAUACUACGUCGACAUAUCGACCACAUACGUGAUAGAACUCAUUCUCUUUCCACCACCGAGUCGUCACAAGACGAUAUAACAAAUCCAAACGAUUUUGACGAUACGGCAGCUCACAAGGAUUUGCAAGAUUUUGAAGUUUCCCCUGAUCAGUCAACUGAUCCGUCUCCGACCCCACCUGAUGAGUCACCCUCGACUGGUGCAUUAACAGCUCGACAAUAUCCGCAAAGAAAUCGCAACAGGCCUGAUCGAUAUGGUGGGUACACUAACAUUUAACAGGGGAGGAAAUGUGGUAUCCUUACGACAUGGAACUAACAUUAAGAUAAAGACUUGUGAUUCCGUAAAUACUGUACUGUAAACCUGUGAUUCCGUAAAUACUGUGUUGUGUUAGUUCUAGUGGUUUCAUGUUCUUAUUUAGUCAUUUCUGUACUAUUGUUCUAGAAGGUUCUUUCUAGUAUUGUUUUUGUAUAAAUAGCCUGUGUAUUUUGUAUGUAUCAGAGUUCUGAUUUAAUGAAUUAUUGAAGUUA